AUGUUGAAGCAAUUUACCAAAGUUAAUAAAAAUUCAUUGUACAAUGGAUUAAGAUCAUACAGCACACAAAACUCAAAGGUAUCUGGACCAGUCAUCGGUAUUGAUUUGGGUACUACCAACUCUUGUGUUGCCGUCAUGGAAGGUAAUGAUGCCCGUGUUCUUGAGAACUCUGAGGGUGGUCGUACUACCCCAUCCGUUGUCGCCUUCACUGACGACGGUCAAAGAAUCGUUGGUUUGCCAGCUAAGAGACAAAUGGUUACCAACGCUGCCAAUACAUUGUUUGCCACCAAGCGUUUGAUUGGUCGUCGUUUCGAUGAUCCAAUGACCAAGAAGGAUAUGACAAUGGUACCAUACAAAAUCGUUAGAGGUCCAAACGGUGACGCUUGGAUGGAAGUCAAGGGAAAACAAAUCUCACCAUCUGAAGCUGGUGCUAUGGUUCUUACCAAGAUGAAGGAGACUGCUGAAUCUGCUUUGGGUGUCCCAAUUAAGGAUGCUGUUGUUACUGUUCCAGCCUAUUUCGAUGACGCUCAACGUCAAGCUACCAGAGAUGCCGGUACCAUUGCUGGUUUGAAUGUCAGCCGUAUUAUUAAUGAGCCAACUGCUGCUGCCUUGGCCUACGGUUUCAAGCAAGACGAACCAAAGACUGUUGCCGUAUACGAUUUGGGUGGUGGAACCUUUGACGUUUCCAUUCUCGAAAUUGUCGGUGGUGUUUUCGAAGUAAGAGCUACCAAUGGUGACACUUUCCUUGGUGGUGAAGAUUUCGAUGUUGAGUUGCUCAACUACUUUGUUGCCGAGUUCAAGAAGGAGAAGGGUAUCGAUUUAACUAAUGACAGCAUGGCCAUGCAACGUCUCAGAGAAGCCGCCGAGAAGGCCAAGUGCGAGCUCUCCUCAACCCUCCAAACCGAAAUUAACUUACCAUAUAUCUCUGCUGGUCCAUCCGGUCCAGUCCAUUUCAACAUGAAGUUGACCCGUUCCAAGUUUGAGCAAUUGGUCGGUAACUUGAUCAGCAAGACCAUCGAACCAUGCAAGAUCUGUCUCAAGGAUGCCACCAUGUCACCAAAGGACAUCAACGAAGUUAUUUUGGUCGGUGGUAUGACUCGUGUUCCAAAGGUACAAGAGGUCGCCAAGAAUUUGUUCAACAAGGAGCCAUUCAAGGGUGUCAACCCAGAUGAAGCCGUUGCCGUCGGUGCUGCCAUCCAAGGUAAGAUCUUGUCUGGUGAAGGUAAAGGAAUUAUUUUGAUUGACGUCACCCCAUUGUCACUCGGUAUCGAGACCUACGGUGGUGUCUUCACUCGUUUGAUCAAGAAGAACACCAACAUCCCAGCCUCCAAGACUGACGUCUUCUCGACUGCCUCUGACGGUCAACAAGAAGUCGAAAUCAAGGUAUUCCAAGGAGAGAGAGAGAUGGCUGCCGACAACAAAUUGUUGGGUAAAUUCACUUUGUUCGGUUUGCCACCAUUACCAAAGGGUGUCCCACAAAUUGAAGUCACUUUCGAUAUGGAUGUCAACGGUAUGCUUUCCGUCAUCGCCAAGGACAAGGCCACCGGUAAGGCCCAACAAAUCCGUAUUCAAGCCUCUGGUGGUUUGAGCAAGGAUGACGUCGCCAGAAUCAUCAAGGAAUCAGAGAUGAACGCCGAGGCUGACAAGAAGAGAAGAGAGUUGGUCGAAGCCAAGAACAGCGGUGAGUCUGUCGUUUACCAAACCGAGAAGGACUUGAUUGACUUCAAGGACUACCUCAACCCACAACAAACCGAAGAGAUCAAGAAGGUCGUUGCUUCCGUCAAGGAUACCCUUUCCAAGGAGGACCCAGCUGCCAUUGAAUCUGAAAUCAAGAGAUUGCGUGAUCUCACCACCUCAACUUUCGAACAAGCCUACAAGGCCAAGAUGUCCGCUCAAAACAGCAACAACAACCAAUCAUCAAACACCAACAACACCAACAACACCAACAACGAUAACACCACCGAAGCUGAGUUCACCGAGAAGAAGUAA